AUGACCCAAAAAAUCCAAUUUUCUCUCAAAAAUGAUACUUUCACUUUUUCAAAAAGUUGCUUCAAAAACCCGGGCCAGGCCGGACCGCGACAUAAUUGUAUGGACAUAGAAAAUCUACAAUCAUCAAACAACCGGUCCACAGAAAGUCGUCCUCCGGACGGCUUUCACACCUUUCUGCACACAGCUUUCUCAGCUAUAUUGGCAUUUGUCCUCUCUCUACGCGUAAUUGUGUUCGCCACCGCCCGGAAACGUCUUACCAACACGGCGGCGAAUCCGGAUAUUCAGGUUGAGGAGGCGUCGUCUUCCUCAUCGGAUACCAGCUCCGACACCGAAGUCGUGGAAGAAGGAGUUUUUGUUCAGGUGAGAGAAAUUCAUAUUCCGAAUUGUUCUGGGUUCUCACUACUUCCGAGUAUCGCGUGA